AUGUCAUUAAAGGCAUAUGAAGAUGCUUGUAUUAGAGCAGAAUUGUUUGGUCAGCCUUUACCAAAUAGAGAAGAAUUUUUGGAAAAGCACAGAUAUUUGGAUGUUGUUGAAUUCGAAGAAGUGGAUAUAAGAACAGCUGAGAAUACCGCAAUCUUAAACGAUGAUUUAAAACAAGCUAGCAGUGGACUGAAUGAGCUGAACACAAUUUUAUCUUCGACUCAAACUAAAAUCAAUCGCUUAAAGGGUGUAUGCGGUAGCCUGACAAAUUUUUUUAGAAUAAAACUAACGUCAAAAGACAAUUUAUCUUAUUCUAGUGAGCCAAGUUAUAUCGGUCAAACGAAUUACGACAAAGAUUAUGUUCCUCCUAAAAAUUCUGAAAUAGGUUCUAUCAACACAGGCCUCGGAGCCAACGACACUGAGUUCACUCCCCGUGCGAGUGAACCGAAACAAAAUGGAGGCGACAUUAAUUCAGCACUUGAUGAUUUAGAAACUAUGCAGAGAGUCGAAAGAACUCCUAUAAUUAAGAUUGAUAAACAGAUAACGUCUCAAAAUAGUAAGUUAGACAAUUUGAUUAUGAAGGCGGAGAGAGCCGAAUCGUCGUUGCAACAUCAAAACAAACAAUUGAGAGGUUUUCUACGAUAA